AUGUCGAAAAAUAAGCUACCUUCGCGAAGUAAUCAUGCGAAUUCAUUAACAGGCGGGAAUGCCAUUUCAAGAUUAGUAUUUAUAUUUGCACAACUUCCAAAUUUAGUCAAGGCUUUGCCAAUUUUUUCAAGAAACGUCGAUAUCGAUCAUAAUGAUAUUGCUGAGGCGAUGAUCAUGACACCUGAGCUGUUCUACACGAACUUAUUUACCUCGGUUUUCCUUGUUUUGGCAGGGGGUGUAUUUGCUGGGUUGACGUUGGGCUUGAUGGGCCAAGAUGAGGUUUACUUGAAGGUUAUUGCAACAAGUGGCGAACCACAGGAACGUAACCACGCACGUAAAGUCUUGAAAUUGAUUGGCCGUGGUAAACACUGGGUGUUAGUUACUUUGUUAUUAUCGAACGUCAUCACCAACGAAACGUUACCGAUUGUGUUGGACAGAUGUUUAGGCGGUGGAUGGCCUGCAGUCAUCACCUCUACUGUAUCUAUUGUUAUUUUUGGUGAAAUUAUUCCACAAUCUAUCUGUGUGAGGUAUGGAUUACAGGUGGGGGCAAUGUUUUCACCAUUUGUGUUAAUGUUGAUGUACGUUAUGUAUCCAGUUGCAUAUCCUUGUGCGUUACUCUUGGACCAUAUUUUAGGUGAAGAUCAUGGUACCGUAUACAAGAAGUCUGGUUUGAAAACAUUAGUUACUUUGCAUAAAACCAUGGGUGUCGAAAGGUUAAACCAAGAUGAGGUGACAAUUAUUAGUGCUGUAUUGGACUUAAAAGAGAAGCCAGUAGCACAUAUUAUGACGCCUAUGGAUAGAGUCUAUACUAUGAGUGCAGACGCAAUAUUGGACGAGAAAACAGUUGAAGAAAUCUUUAAUGCUGGAUUUUCUCGUAUUCCAAUUCAUCUUCCAAAUGAACCUAUGAACUUUAUUGGGAUGUUAUUAGUUAGAGUGUUAAUUAGUUACGAUCCCGAAGAUGCAUUACCAGUGGCUUCAUUUCCAUUGGCUACCUUGCCAGAAACAGGAAGGGAUACUUCGUGCUUGAACAUUUUAAAUUACUUUCAAGAAGGUAAAUCGCAUAUGAUCGUGGUUAGUGAAAACCCUGGUGAGCCAACUGGAUCUCUUGGUGUCUUAACCUUAGAAGAUGUCAUUGAAGAAUUGAUCGGUGAAGAAAUUGUCGACGAAUCUGACGUCUACAUUGAUAUCAAUAAGAAUAUCAAGAGAACGCAACCUGGCCCAUUAUCCAAGAGAAACUUAAGCACUUACCUAAAUAAUUUGUAUCAUAAAUCAGCAUCAGCAUCUAAGAGGAACUCCCUCGAUGAUAGUGCCUUGACUCCUUUGAAGGAUUCCUUUGCAGAAGUGUCAUCCUCUCCGUCAAGACAGAAAUUGUUCAACGGUAGUGGCAGCGCUGGAAAUUCUCCAAAGAUAGGUCCGAUUGAUUCGACCAAAAGCUGGAAACCUUUGAACCCUGCUUCAAAUCCACUCGAACUCAAUAAGUCAUUCGUUAAAAUUAAGAGACCAGAUAUGGAGUCGGUUAAGAACUCCGUUAUGCCCCCGCCAAAGAGAGUAGCCUCAAAGAACGCUACCUCCUACGGGGCGAUCCAUGCAACAGAAGAGGGUGCAUUAAAUAGCGCGAAGAAUCUCAGCACCGAAUCGCAGAAUGAAACAGGCAAUCAUGAUCACUCCCAAAGGUUCUUAUUACCCGAAGAGAAAGAGACAGAUUUGUCUGAAAUCAUGAGUCGUAAUAAGAACCAAAAUGGCCAUGAUCAAAACUCUGAUGACUUUCAACAUCAUCAUGGUGCGCAUAAUAGCGACUACGACGUUCAUUAUCACAACGAUUACACUUCGUCGCACUCGCAGAACAUAAUACCCGAGCACCAAGAAGCCAGAUCUUACAGGACUGGUGGUAUUAUUGAAUCGGUGGUUAAUGUACAGGGUGUACAUAAGACAAUCAUAGAAAACGUAGAUGAAGAAAACGAUUACUCAAAUUUUAGGAAUAGUCUCGGCAACAGUUUAGAUAAUUCUCAAGUUUCGGGUAUGGUUGAUAAUCAAGAUGAUAAUGAAGAGGCCGAGGGCUUGCUUGCUGGAUUAAAGAAGAAGGCUACUGGUUCGAGCGUUUUGUCUGGUAAUAGCAGCAAUUCCGAUGACAGCAAGAAGCGGAAAUCCAGCGUAUGGGAUAAAUUCAUGAAUAAUUCAAAUUCAAAUACUUAA